GGCUCAUCUUUUCGAGCAGCUGACUCAAGUCCUCAGUGGGUUUUCCACACAUACAUAGAAAGGACAAGCUGCCGUAUGCUUUGGCUUCCCUACACUCAUGGCUCGGCUCUCCCUCACAGAAGUGGGCCUGCUGCUCUUGGUACUACUGGCCUUGAUGCUCAGUGCUGACUCAAGAGAGAAGAGGCCAAAGACACUGAGGAGGAAGAAGAGAGAGUGGAUCCUUCCUCCUGCCAAGCUGCUGGAGAACACUGACUACACCCACAGGGAAUUCAUUGCCAAGAUUCGCUCCGAUAAAGACAAAGAGGCAAAAGUGGAGUAUUAUCUCUCUGGACCAGGAGCUGACAAGCCACCCUUUAACCUCUUUGUGGUGGACCAUGACACCGGGUUUGUACGAGUCACUGAUAUUCUGGACCGGGAGAAAUAUCCAUUUUACAAUCUAACAGGGAUCGCUAAAUACAGAGAUGGUUCCACAGCAGAGGACGACAUCCCACUGACUGUCACAGUCCUGGACCAGAAUGACAACGCUCCCUAUUUUGAGCUAUAUACUGGCAACAUCUCAGAGGCAAGCAAAGAAGGAACCUUUGUUAUGCAGAUCGAGGGGAAAGAUGAUGACCAAGCUGAUACGAUUAAUGCAAAGAUCUCCUACAGCAUCAUCAGUCAGGAGCCAGAAGGCACAGGUCACAUGUUCACUAUAGAUGAAAAGACAGGCAAACUGUACGUGAAAGAGUCCACACUGGACAGAGAGACUUAUGACUUCUACAAACUGGUUAUAAAGGGAAGUGAUAUGGGUGGGGCAGCAGGGGGGCUAACCGGGACAGGAACUGUGGAGAUCAAGGUCCUGGACAUCAAUGACAACAUUCCCACUCUGGAAAAAUCUGAGUACUCUGGCUCAGUCGAUGAAAAUGUUGCUGAUGUAGUUGUGAUGAGAAUCAAAGCUCUGGACAAAGACCUUGAACACACAGACAACUGGCUGACUGUCUUUACAAUCGCCAAAGGAAAUGAGGACAAUCUCUUCUCUAUUAAGACAGACAAAGAAACCAAUGAGGGCAUCCUGACGCUGAUCAAGCCUGUGGAUUUUGAAGAAGUCCAGAAUCUUGAGCUUGGCCUGCUCAUUGAGAAUGUAGCUCCUUUUGUGGAGGGUGGUGUUAUACUGAUGGAUGUGGAUGUUCAGGUUGGUGAGAAAGAUCCUCUGGCUACUGGAGCUAGAGCUGGAGCUGGUGUUGGAGCUGGUGUGGGUUCAGGGAUAGACCUGGGAGUAGAUGGAGGGUUGGAUGCAGGAGUGAGUACAGGUGUAGACGUGGGCCUAGAUGCUAACCUGCAAGGGGGGGUGAAUGUAGGUUUGGAUGCAGGGCUCGGCCCUGGAGUUGGGGUUAAGCCUGGUGUUGAGCCUGGAGUAAGCACUGGACUUAAACCAGGUGUCAAACCAGGACAAGGGACAAAGCCGAAGCCAGAUGCACCAGCAAAAAGCUAUCCCAUUAAGAUAGCAGUGAAUAAUGUGCCGGAGGGUCCGGUAUUCAUACCUGACACCAAGAAUGUUCCUGUAUCGGAAGAUCCAAAUGCAGCACCUGAGGAUGGUGUGAUCACAGUGUUCGCUGCUGUCGACCCAGACACAGGAAAACCAGCUGAAGACGUCAGUUAUGCCAAAGCCUAUGAUCCAGAUAACUGGUUUACAAUCGAUGAAGAAACAGCUGUUAUUAAACUCAACAAGGUACCAGAUAGAGAGUCACUGUUCUUGGUGAAUGGUACCUACAUUGGCAAGAUUCUGGCCAUAACCAAAGACAUGCCAUCAAAGACAGCCACAGGAACAAUAGCCAUUCAAGUCACUGACUCUAACGACCACUGUCCCACCCUGACCACCACCCACAGCAGUCUGUGCUCUGAUGGAAAAACUGUUUAUGUUACUGCCUUUGAUGAGGACGUUAGCCCCAACGCUGCUCCAUUGACAUUCAGAAUCAUACCUGAUGGGACACAAGGCAACUGGGACGUAGAAGUCAUCAGUGAGACAAGUGCCGCUCUUCACUCACAAGAGGCGCUGUGGCCCGGCUCAUAUGAGCUCCAGGUGGAGGUGUUGGAUGCUCAGGGUCUGUCCUGCCCAGCCCGUGAGGUUUUUACUGUGGACGUUUGCACCUGUGUGGAAACAGAAGACUGCAGCUUAAAGGCGGCCAGACUAGGAACGACUUCAUCUGAGCUCUCUCCCCCAGCCAUCGGCCUGCUGCUAAUGGCAAUGUCUUUACUGCUGUUCAUCCCUCUUCUCCUGCUGUUCUGUCAGUGUGGAGGAGCAGACACUAUCUUUCCCGACCAAUUUAGUGAUCUGCCAUUUGACACCAAAGAACACCUCAUAUCUUACCACACUGAAGUCAGAGGCGAGGAUAAGGAAGUGCCACUCCAAAGUGUCCCUAUGAUAUUGGGUACACAAAAGAAAGUUGAGAUGGCACCAGCACUGAACUUCAACACCAUUCCUUCAAAAAUCACAGAAACUCAUCAGGCAACUACAAUCUAUGAUGAAUCUGUGCAGAAGUUUCAGGAAACUGGCCAAAGUUUGAUGGAGGUUGACAAUGCCUACAGGUUUUCAAUUGAAUCGUUCAACCACGGCAAUCGCAGUGCUACAUUCAGCAGGCAAACACUUGGCGUCCAACACAUGACAGCUAUGUAUGAGGAUAUAGCCCUACCUGAUGCUUUCCUCAAUGAUUACUACUCACAGAAAGCAGUGUGUGUUGUGCCAGUGAAGGACGGUCUGUUGGAGUACUAUUUCGAGGGCCAGGGCUCCCCUAAUGGCUCAGUGGGCUGCUGCAGCCUCCUAGAGUCUGACAACGACCUGCAGUUCCUCAGUGACCUUGGGCCAAAGUUCACGACUCUGGCAGAGAUCUGUUCCCCUCCUACACCAACACCCAAACCCUCCCUGACAUGCAAAGUAGCAGCUGCUGUCAAAACCACAGAUGAUAUUGCUGAACCGGUUGUUAAACACAAAAUUGAACGAAGUGUUGAGACAAAGCAUAGCGAUAUAAAGACAGAGAAAGUCAUGUCAUCUACUAACAUCUCUAAAUCAUCCGUCAAUACUCUAAGCACUGCCCCGCCAUCCAUGACACUUCCUCGCUCCAGGGUUACUAACAUCAGUCAUUCCUCUAACAUCCAUUAUUCUGCUACUCUGCCCCGUCAAGCUCAGAAGCAGACAGUUUACUACACUACCAGCCCUGUACUACAGCCCAUGAACUAUGUAGUUCAACCGCAGCUUCAGAACAUGGUUCUGCUGGCUGAUGGAAUCCAUGAAGCCAAUUUUCCGGGCCUGUAUGUAGUCAGUGGGCCCCAGAGUCCUUCUUCUGGACUUGUAAUCAAUGGACCCCAAGCCUCUCCUUCUGGGCUAGUCAUCCAGGGCAUUGAGAGCCCUGAAAGCCCUGCCAGCCCCAGCUUUCCAGUCAGCCCCACCCUGUUGCUACCUGUUAGCCCAGGUCGGUCUCAGGGCUCAGUCCCUAUGGAUGGGUGGAAAAUAAUAGGCCCAAAUCCUGAUGGUAAUUAUAUGUUAGUUAAGGAUAAGAGUAGUCCAGGUGGAGCAGAGGGGGUGGAUCCAGGCUCAUCUCAGGGCACUUUGCCCAGAGGUGCUAUCCUGGUAAACAAGGCUGCUACCUCUCAGGGGGUGUUAGGCCCGGCAGCCCAGGGGAGUGUGUAUGGCAUUUUGCCAGGACACACUGUUGCUAAAAACGGGGAUGUUGUUGCAGUGAAUAGAAAUUUGGGGCAAACAUGGGUUGGGCAGCCAGGGCAGACGGGGUUAGGGCCAGUCACUGUUUUGGGAGUUGGUGUUGAGCAGUCAAGAAUGGGAAUGGGACAUGUGGUGGCAGUUAAGCCAGAAGUCAGACAGGCUGGAAUUUGGCCAGCUGAGACAAGUGCAGUUGGGAUUAGGCAGGUCAGUGUAACCCAGUUCCAAGGAAUUCCUCCAUUGGAGCAAACAGCGGAUGCCAGUGGAAUUCCAAAAACAUGUAUAAUAGUUUCACCAAAGGAAGACAAGACCAUUAAUGUUGUAAAUACCGUCAUUACUGCUGAAACCACUAAAACUCAUCCAUCUUCAAAGGAAGAGGUUAUGAUGAAAAAUCUGUUUAAGAAUGACAGUGAUCCAAAUCAGAACAUGCAUAAUGAUUCAGCUGAAGAAAAGCAAUCAGAAGAUGUGAUCGCCUACACAUCAGAGCAAGACACAACACUGGAUGAUGAGGAUCCUAGUGAGGUGGUCCAAAGUGCAUUUAAAGACAAUGAGGGAAUCCAAGAGAAUCCAACACAAACAUCAGAAAAAUCUUCAAUUGUAAAUCUUGAGGAAAAUAUUGUGAAAUCAUUACCAGGGCCAGCUAUACUGAGGACAUCGUUUGAGCAGUCUGACACUGUGGUAGAGAAAUCAGGAGAUACAAUGGACAAAAUUGUGCCCGAUCAAUUGAAUAAAAUCACUGAAGCUCCUACAAACAAAUUUACAGAUGUGAUAAGUCAGACAAGAGAAUCCAAUGACCCACAAGAGAAUGCAGAGAAAGAACCUAAGGUUCCACAAUCAGAGCAGCAGGAAAAUCAUGUUCUCUCUGUAGAUUUUUCAGGGAAAGAUAUAUCUAUAGUCACUAAAAUGUCCUCCACAGAAGCUUUCCUACCUGGACCACAUGUCACUGAUUUAGUUAAUACAGACAAAGAGACUGAAGAGACAUCAACAUUUCCUCGAGGAGAGGAAGUCACUUUUACUUUAGACCACAUCAUAGACGAUCAAAUACAUGGUGGCACAGAAGAAAGUGUGGGCAGACAGAAAGCAGCUCCUUUGACAGAAGUAGAAGAAAUAGGAAAACCUGUUCAGCUCAGUAUAGUUGAAGGUCCAGAGGACAGAGGUUCUGAAGUAGGGUCACAGCCUCAAUCAAAUGAAGUCCCAGAGGAUCAAAUUGUAAGGGAGUUAGAGAAAUAUGUCUGUCCAGCAAAGAAAGUUGUUUCAGACUUAGAAACACAUCAAGUCAUUGCCACUUCUGAUAGUAUCCAGGCAGAAGAGAAUAUGGAGGAAAAUACUACUAUCACCAGUGAUGCACAUGAAGAGGUUACGGCUAAGCACAAGCAACUGUUAGAUUCUGAAGUGGGGCUCAAUACUGUGGGUGAUGAAUUGUCAGCAACUCCAAAUAAGACUUCAACAAACACUGUGAAUGAGUCUGAAGAGAGGUCCAUCCUUGAUCUAGAAGCACUCCCAGAACUACAGGUGGAUCAUAGUGAAGGGGAUAAGAUAGACAAAGGCCAUGCAAGGAUAGGUGUUGCCGAUGCUGAAGCAAAAACAUCAUUGCAAACUGUGAGCACUAUUUUAACUAUCCAAGAGGAAGGACAUCUGGGUGAUCCAAAUUUGAUAUCAGUGUCAGAAAAAAAUACCACUCAAGGACAAGUAGAGGGCUCUAAUGUGCCAACCAUUUCAACAUUAGAGCAACAUCUCCAUACAGCAAACGUCAGUAGCUCUGGCCACAAAGAAGAAAAUCAUGAUAAUCAACAAAAUGUAAUGUCAGGAUCAGGAGUGGACAAGGAUCAAGUCAAUGCAAAUGUAGACAGCAUAAAUGAUGGAGAGAAAGAGAACAUAAUUGUGGAGGAAGGAGUGUCACAGGGGAGUUUCAGCACCUCCAAUGACCAAGAUGAAGAUACUGAAAGACAAGAUGCAUUGAGCACAAGUUCUCAAAUAGAGGAUAAGUUCAUAUCAGAUGACAACAUUACUGAUGAAGAAAAAGAUGAGGAUGCUGUGGAGGAAAUGGUGUCACUGGUACAGCAAGUGGAUGAUACCUUAUUCUCAGAUGAUGACAUAAAUGUUCCAGAGAACGAAGAGAAGAUUGUGGAGGUAGUGGCAUUACCUGUACAGCAAAAUGUUAGUAUCACAGAUGACCAAGAUGAAGAGAUUGAAAGAGAAGCUGCAUCAGGAAGACUUUCUCCACUGGAGGAUCAGCUCAUCUCAGAAGACAACAUAAGAGAUGGAGCGAAAGAGGUGUCACCUGUACAGCAAAUGACUAGCAUCUCUGAUGAAGCUGAAGACAGUGAAAAAGAAGAUUCAUCCCACACAGUGGAGGUUAAGCUCAUCUCAGAUGACAGUGUAAGUGAUGGAGAAAAAGAGGAGAACGCGGCGCCCUCCAAACAGCAAAACAUUGGCCUUUCAGAUGACCAAGAUGAAGAGAGCAAAAAAGAAGAUGCACCAGGAACAAGUUCUCAGUCGAAGGAUCAGCUCGUGUGCUUAGAUAACAUACAUGAUGGAGAAAAAGAGGAGGAUAUUGAGAUGUCACCUUUACAGCAAAAUAUAUGCAUCCCAGAUGACCAAGAUGUUGCAAAUGCAAAAGAAGACACAUCAGGCACAAGUUCUUACAUUGUGGAAGACGGCAUUAAGUUUGACCAGAUGUUAAAAGAGGACUCUCAGCCUUUAGAGACUGAAUGUUUAUUUGAGGAAGAUCUUCAUUUAGCAAGUCAACAGUUAGAGAUGAAUCAGGUGGUAGCAACGUUGAAGGUUGAAACUCAAGAAAUGCCAUGUGAAGUGACUAUAUAUCAAGUGAGGCAAGGGAUAGACUCUUCUCAGAUAGGAGAUGUAACUCUGGAUAUUUCUGAGAGACAAUAUACUGUUGGUCAUGAGUUAGUGAGGGGUGCUAACAUGGAGGGUUUGGAUGAUGUGGUCACGUCUUCAGAGGAACUGAGAUCAUCCAGGGUGGCCACAGGACAGGUUUGUAUGUACAGUGAAGACAAAGGGGCCAGUGGUAGCAUAUUGGCAUCUGGACAAGUAGCUGAGGGUGAAACAACUCAGUCUGAUAACCAGAACACAGAUGUUAUUAAAAUUGACUGGAGUGAGGGUGGAGAUCUCACUUUGGAAAAAGGCAAAGCAGAGGUCACUUUUGAACUAGAGAUUAGAGAGAGAUUAGAUGAUGCAUCUGGUCAGGUAUCACUAACAUCUUUUUCUGAGAUUAAAGUGGUGGACAGGACCACAUCUUUGGUGCUGGAAACAGAUCCAGGCUCAGCAGAGACAGGAACUGCUAGUUUUAUUACAGCGAGUGAGGUGGCUAAGGAGGCUGGUUAUCUUGUUCAGAAUGAGAGUCUGAGCAUGACUGGAGAAGCAACAGGAAUAGGCCCAGACACUGUGGGGAAAGCUGGUUCGACAGAGGUUGUGUCAAAAGCUUCUGAUUACAUGCAUGGGGCUGAGGUAAGUGGUGGACAAGUGAGUCCUGUACAGCUUCAGACAGUCAUCAGCCAAAGUCCUCCGAACAAAUCCAGAAACAGUAAAAAGAACAAGAGUCCUCAAAGUCCCAAAAGCCCCUCUGGAAAGUGUAAGCAACAGUGAUUGCAUUUAGUUUGAAGCUGCAUUAACAACUAUACAGUUUCCCAUAGCGUUAAAUGCGGAGGUGGUAUGCAACUUUCUGCAAUAAUUGUAUAAGAAAUAACAAGGUUUUUUGUGAAAUUAAAUCAAAAAAGGGCCGAAAGUCUGUUUUUCCCAGCGACUGUUAUACACUCAAUAUGUGAGGAUUCUGUUUAGACCUUCAUCUCGUAAACUGAUCACAAAUAAUGAAGUCCUGGAUGCUUUGAUUCAGCUUAGCAGAUGACAAUGAUUGACCAGUAAGGCCUUCACAUAAGAUGCAUUGUGUUGCAGUGUUGAGACUAUGUGGGACACACAGGCAGAAAUUAAAGCAAGUCAUAUGUGAAGGGAAACACACUCAGAACACUCACACCCUAUGUAGGCUUUGUAAGCCCAGACACCAGUGGUGUCUCAACAUCUUGAUCUAGACAAAUUGAACCAUGUCAACCAGCAAUGACAUAAGUCCAUGUGUGAGGAUACUACACUGUUGUAAUUGCAGAUGUUCUUGUUUUGUAGGGUGGGUUACCAACUCUGCCACCCAAUUUCCUGCGGGAAACCCUGAGCUAAGCAUACUGAACACUCCUAGUUGAUGCUAGUUGACUGCGCCCAUCAGUUUUAUGUCAGACAGCCCCAACAGGUCUGUUGUUACUUUAUUCCACAGGAUACCAAAUAGACAAGAGUGUCAGAAGACCAGACACAGUUGCGUUCAGCUUUCCAAAUGCUCUGUUACUCACUGCUGUUUAGAAAACACUUUUGGAUUUGUUUCUUAGAGAAAUGUCCCAACAGAGACCAAGAGCAGAAUGUCAUUUGGCUGGUCAGAGUUAGUGAGUGUGGGCAUAUUUUUACAUUAAAGUGAGCCUACGUAACUUUUGCUGUGGCAACAACAACAAUUACAGCAAGAGGGCAAAUGCUGAAACACACUGUAGAGCAACAGUAGCACAAGUAGACAACAGACCAAGUCAGUGAACUGACUCAGUAAUGUCAGUUAUGCAGCAAUAUCUAGCUAGAGUUUGGUAACAUUAGCCACCAUAAGCUACUGGUCAUACCAGACCAACAAAGGCUUUAAUGGCAAAAUCCCUGAGUGUAUUCAAUUGAGCAAAGGUUGGGUUUAAUUAUUGCUAAUGAUUUCAACUUUUCAUUUGCAAGAGAAUGAAUGUGUUAUUUCUGCUUUCAGAAUGUACAUGGUCUCGCUCUAAAGGCCCAUUCUUAAAUUUCAGACCACAUGAAUUUAAGGUAAAUUCUCAUAUAUCAUUGAAGACUUUGCAUUACAGAUGAAAAAAAUCUGUGUUUUGUGUGUUUGUCAAUUCAUCAUGAUUAAAAAUAUAAUGCCUGUUUUACAGCUUUGAUUGCAAACAUCACUAAUGUAAAUAUAGCAAGUUCCAAUCCUGUGUUUAGAAUUUUGGUGGUGGGUCAACCCUUUUGUUUACAAUUGCUUGCACAUUAAGCCUUAAAUAUCUUACAUAAUGUAUCUUUCAUUUUACCAUAUAAGCACCUUUGUCUUAGAGGCAUCUCUUCUCACUUGCUUUUAACUGGAAUGUAAUUGUAAAUCAUUACUAGACAGAACAUGUUUAACUGGUUGAAAGAUAACCCGGAGAAACUAUGUUGGAUUCAUGAACAUACCUGUCUGCACCUGCAUGGGAGUAAGUGUGUUAAAGCUGUUUGGUGAUUUCAUCUUCUUAUCGGGGGAUAUAAUUACCAUUGCUCGCAAAAAUAUCACUAUUUUUAGUAAAACACAAUUUGGGAAUGCUGAA